GCAGGGAUUUCACUGAAUUGAAAGUGAAAGCAAAGGGCCCGCAUAAGAACCCUAAGGAGGGUAUUUCAGGCUCUGUUGGUAGAAACUAGAGCUCCUCCAGGUGCAAGAAAGAGUUUAGUCGCAGUGGACUCUGCCACUUUGUACCCAGCUCUGAAGACUUGGCUGUUGCCAACCGGACCCCAGACCCAUGCUGGCCCUCCAUACCCUCCAGGAGGAACAGGCCAGACUAAAGAUGAGGCUGCAGGAGCUGAGAAGGAAGCUCAGGGACGUCCCCAAAGACAAGGUCCCAUUCCCAGUACCUGAGGUCCCCCUGGUGUUUCGAGGACACAUUCAGCAGGACAGGGAAAUGGCCAAGUCUGUGAUUUCCAAAUUGCAGAUCUCUUACCCUCUGCCUGGAGGUUCUGCGGUGGUCAUUUUUGAUGAUCCCAAUGUGGCUAAGCAGGUGCUGCAGCAAAAGGAGCAUAAGAUCAAUGUGGAAGAGUUCUGGCUGCGGGUACAGGUCCAGCCCUUGGAGCUGCCCAUGCUGACCACCAUCCAGGUGUCCAGCCAGAUGAGUGACCAGAGAGUGCUGGUCAGUGGGUUUCCUGCCGAGCUCAAGCUGAGUGAGGAGGAGCUGCUGGACAAGCUGGAGAUCUUCUUUGGCAAGACCAAGAACGGGGGUGGCGAUGUGGAGAUGCGAGAACUGCUGCAAGGGGGUGUCAUGCUGGGCUUCGCUAAGGAUGGAGUGGCCCAACGCCUGUGCCAGACUGGCCAGUUCACAGUGCCCCUGGGAAAGCAGCAGGUCCCUCUGAGAGCCUCUCCCUAUGUGAGUGGGACGAUCCAGAAGGCCGAGGUCAGGUCCCAGCUGGUACCCCAGGCGGUACUGGUGCUCAACAUUCCCGAUGUCCUGGAUGGCCCGGAGCUGCAAGACAUCCUGGAGGUCCACUUCCAGAAGCCCACCCGUGGGGGCGGGGAGGUGGAAGCCUUGAGAGUCGUACCCCUGGGACAUCGGGGCCUGGCAGUCUUCACGGCCAAAUCGGGCUAGGAGCCUCUCCCCUGCUCAUCACUCCCACUUCUCUGCCAAGCAGGUUGGGUUGGGUGUGUGUAUGAGAGAGACUGUGCCAGUCAACAGUGGCCGGGAUUACAGUUGUGAAACGCUGCCCAAGGACAGUAAAAGUGCCUGCAUCGCA